CAGCAAAUAUAUUAUGAAUGUGAUUUUCUCCUGAUUUCAUGAAACUUUAACAAAAAUAUCUAAAACAUGCUUUUUCUUUCUAUUUUCAAUAAAAAAUCGCUUUGAUAAGAAAAAUAAGUAAAAAAAAGAACUUAUCCCCAUUCCCAAUCUUCUCCAUAAGAGCAAUCAGGUCAAUAUCAGUGUUCAUAUAUUAGAGAUCUAAGCCGCGAUGUUGGGCAUUUUACGGCGCAAAGCUGCUUCCGGCGCGUCAUCUGCUUCGAGUUUAGGGAAAUCCUUGCGUGCAAUUCAACCUGGAUUAUUGAGUCCCAAAGCAUGCUCCUCUGUUGCUGACGAGUUCACUGCAAAGAUCAAUACAUCACGGGCAUUUUCUUUUACUGGUUCUAGAUGGGCAGGCGUAGCUAGCCAAUUCAGCUCAAACUCCGCUACAAAUGAUAGUAGUGGUAUUUACUGUGGAAAUGUGGACGCAGAUAUUGAUUACAAGGUAAACCCAUCUGUGGUUGCAUCUUACCGGAAAGGAUUAUUUGUUGGUUUGCCAACCAAGCAUAUCGAGUUUCACCGGGCUUUCUCUACAAUUGCAGAUAGACCUGCAAACAUAAGUGAUGAUGGGAAAAAGGUCCUUCGUCCAUUAUCACCUCAUCUUGCUGUUUAUAAGCCUCAGACAAGUUCGACAUCAUCUAUUCUACAUAGAAUAUCUGGAGCUUACUUAGCUGCUGUCAUUUUCGGCUUUCAUGUUAUUUUUCUGAAAGUCGGCUCAGUUUGCCUCAGCUACAACAAUUUCUACCAAUUAUUGUUUUAUUCAUCAACUCUCAGCCAACUUGCUCUUGCAAUAGCUCCCGUAGCAAUAUCCUAUCACGUGGUCAAUGGGGUUCGUCAUUUAGUGGCGGAUUUUUCAGGAUAUCUCUUUCCAAAAAUUGGAAGAAAAAAGCUGAAAGGGCUGUAGAGUGGGAUGACUCAAGUAUUUACCUUGUUCCCGAUAAAACUUUGUGUUUUGCUAUAAUAUUUUCUCAUUUUCUGCAAUCUCGUGCAUUUCUAGAUCCCAGAAGCUCUGUGAUUCUUGGUAUGCCUUGGAUUGGAUCUGAUCUUACAUCAACUGAUGAUGAUAUUUGCAGUUGAAAUAGAAACAAACAAGUGGUUUAUGAAUAAAUAUUGUGAAUUAUAUUGUAUUUGCAUUCAGCAUCCCCUCAUAACCAUUCCUUGUUAAAAUUCAAAUAUGAAUAAAACUGAAAUGAAUAUCAAAUGCACACCUAGUAUUUAUUUGGCA